UGCGCAUGCGCAUGAUGUGAUGGAGGUUUGUCAGGGGAAGGCUCUGCUGUUAGCUAAAUAUCUCUACGAAGGUUGAGGUCCGCUAUAAGGCUUCUAGUCGACAAAGUCGGUUAUAAGGACUCCUGUCAGUCAAGAUGGCCUCUGACACACAGGCCUCUAGGGGCAUUAUGACCUUUUACCCCACUGUUGAGGAGUUCAAGAACUUCAGCCGCUACAUUGCAUACAUGGAGUCCCAAGGUGCACAUAAGGCAGGUCUUGCCAAGAUCAUCCCCCCAAAAAGCUGGAAACCCAGACGUUCAUACGACGAUAUUGAUGACCUGUUAAUACCUGCACCGAUUCAGCAGGUUGUGACUGGACAAUCAGGGCUGUUCACACAGUACAACAUCCAGAAGAAGGCAAUGACGGUGAAAGAGUUCCGCAAAACGGCAAACGGUGACAAGUUUUGCAGCCCUCGAUAUGAUGAUUUUGAAGAGCUUGAAAGGAAGUACUGGAAAAAUGUAACUUUUAACCCACCCAUUUAUGGAGCUGAUGUGAAUGGUACGCUUUAUGACCCGGAUAUCAAAGAAUGGAAUGUGGGGCACUUGAAUACCAUACUUAACACUGUGGAGCAUGAAAGUGGUAUCACUAUAGAGGGAGUGAACACACCCUAUCUCUACUUUGGCAUGUGGAAAACCACUUUCGCUUGGCAUACCGAGGACAUGGAUCUCUACAGCAUUAAUUACUUACACUUUGGCGAACCAAAGUCCUGGUACUGCGUGCCUCCAGAGCAUGGGAAAAGACUGGAGCGGUUGGCCAAAGGAUUUUUCCCUGGAAGUGCACAAAACUGUGAAGCAUUUCUCAGACACAAGAUGACUCUUAUAUCCCCUUCUAUUCUGAAGAAGUAUGGGAUUCCGUUUGAAAAGAUCACGCAGGAGGCUGGGGAGUUUAUGGUGACUUUCCCAUAUGGCUAUCAUGCAGGCUUCAACCAUGGUUUCAACUGUGCUGAAUCAACCAACUUUGCCACAAGACGUUGGAUCGACUAUGGAAAACAAGCCAUUCUGUGUUCUUGCAGGAAAGACAUGGUGAAGAUAUCCAUGGAUGUAUUUGUAAAGAAAUUUCAGCCUGAACGGUAUGAGCUUUGGUUAGCAGGGAAGGACAAUGCACCCAUUGACCACUCCAAGCCCACGCCCGAGGCAGCUGAGUUUCUAGGUGGAGAGGCUGGAAAAAGUGGCAGUCAGGAACUCUGUAUUGACAACCAAAGUAGUGAGAGGCAGAAGAAGAGUAACCUGGCCAAACAAAGAAUAGGAACAAAAAGACACAAAGUGUGUCUGGAUUUACCUGAUGAAGUUCUUCCAAAGAGUGAACCGAAUGAUGAUGAGGAGGAUGAAUAUGGAAAGAAAGGAAGAUUGACUCCAUAUACAGAACAAUGCAGACAGUAUGGAGAAUUGAACAACAAAGACAACCUGCUGUCCCUGAAGGGUUUGACCAGUAUAAAGAUGCUUCCAGUUUCCAAAAUCACUGCCUUUGGGGAGCGUGUCAAGGACACAAGUUGUGGUGCAGAAAACUCCAUUGGUAAAACAAAUCCACCAUCCCCAGUCUGUCCACAGCCCUUCCCAAAGCAUCAUCUCUCAAUCGCAUCUGUCCCUACUGUCCCUCACUGCCUGUCAGCUGUGCCACGGAUCUCUUCCAAACCAGGAGUGGCAAGCCUUCUCUUUCAUCGAACCUUGAGUCCUUCAGAUGCUCUGCAGGUUCACAGUUAUGCAGCCAGAUCAACACUCCAUAAACCUCAACAUCUCAGCACAGAUAAACCCACAGGAGUCCUCAAAGAGCCAGACACCAAACCAGAUGUUAGGCCAAACUUGCACAUGCCAGAAGCAAACACAGUCAAGCAUGAAGUUGAGGGUGAGAAAGAGAACAAUAGUAUGAAGAGAAAGCUGCAGCCACUGAGCAAGCUGCCCCGCUAUCAUCCUUUGCUCAGAGAGAGCUCCAGUGAUGACGAGAUCCAUGAGACAGCUGAGCCAGAGGAGACCGAUCACUGGGCCAGACUCCUCGCUCCCAUGUGGCAAAGCAAGCCACGCAACUUUAGUGCUGAGAAGGAGUUCAACUUGCGCCUUGGCCAGCAGCCUCCAUACUGUGCAAUCUGUUCUCUCUUUCACACAUACGAACAGAAUGAUGUAAUCAGCCUGAGCCAGAGCAUUUCUGCAACUGAAGGAGGACACCAUCAGAGGAGCAAACCGCUGAUUCCAGAGAUGUGCUUCACCGGCAGCUCUGAGGGACACCUGUCUACCCCUCAUUUGGAGGAAGACGGCACAAGCCGACUCAUCAGCUGCACUGUGUGCAGCGUGCGUGUACAUAUCAGUUGUUACGGAGUAUCUCGUGACACAAAACUGGAUGGGUGGAUGUGUUCCCGAUGUGAAGCUAAUGCCAUUGCUCAGGACUGUUGUUUAUGCUCUCUCCGAGGAGGAGCCCUGCAGAAGGCCAACAAUGACAAGUGGGUUCAUGUGUUGUGUGCUGUAGCAGUGCAGGAAGCUCGCUUUGUGAACAUUGCAGACCGCAGUCCUGUUGAUCUCAGUUGUAUCCCACUUCAGAGGUUCAAGCUGAAAUGCCAAUACUGUCGUAAGUGGGUGAUGAGGACGACAGGUUGCUGUGUGCAGUGCUCUCACGGCCGCUGCUCCACUUCCUUUCACCCCACCUGUGCGCAGGCAGCUGGAGUUCAAAUGCACCCAGAUGACUGGCCGUUCGUCAUCUAUUUCACCUGCUGGAGACACAAGGGUGGCAGCCACAUAGAGCGUAACAAGGCAUCUUUGCGGGAGCUGGAGAAUGGACAGAAAGUCAUCUGCAAGUACAGAAAUGGCCGAUACUACCAUUGUGAGGUGGUUGAGCUGACCAAAGCCACCUUCUAUGAGGUCAUCUUUGAUGAUGGCUCAUUCAGUGACAACCUGUUCCCUGAAGAUAUAGUGAAUAGGGACUGUCUGCAACUCGGCCCACCAUCAGAGGGUGAUGUAGUUCAAGUGCGCUGGACAGAUGGUCUGAUUUAUGGAGCUAAAUUUGUGGCCGCUCAUGUCAUCCCAAUGUACCAGGUGGAAUUUGAGGAUGACUCUCAGCUUACUGUAAAGAGGGAAGACGUGUACAGUUUAGAUGAGGAGCUGCCUAAACGUGUUAAGGCACGCCUGUCUGUGGCGUCGGACAUGCGCUUUAAAGGAGUGUUUGUGGAGAAGGAGGUAAAGCAGGACUCGAAAAGACAACGGGUGAUCAACUCUCGUUACAGGGAGGACUACAUUGAACCGGUCAUCUACAGAGCCAUCAUGGAGUAACCUGACUCCUAAUCAAGUCCCCACAAACUACAUGGUCAACACACAUAUUAAUUUGCCAGCUUCAUUAACAAUACAACAUACAGACAAACAGGCUGGAGCAGAUGGUUGUAUGUUUUAUGAGGACAAACAGAAAUUCACAAAAUGGGACAACUGCAAAUACAUGUCCACUGAAUCUUUUGUUUUAUAAAACAUCUAGAUCAAAUUUUUGACCUUCAGGCUGAGUAUAAAUUCUUGCAGAAGUGUUCUUACUGUGAACAACAAUAUCUUCAGCCGGCAAUGGCACAGAUGAGACUCCAACAAUGAAAUAUUAAUUUGAUCCAAUAGACCAGGCAUGUCUUGUGUAGAACGUUUGUUUGUUCAGACGGUACACAACUGGCUCAGGCUCGGUAAGAGCAUUGGACAGCUCUCCAACUCUCACUAUCAGAUGGUAGAAAUGUUUCAACUGUGUUUUUAAAUCACGUCCCUGCAGUACCACUGGUUGACUGCACAUAAAAAGACCUUUAGACCAUCAGACUUUUUUAGGUCUUUAAAGUGCUUUGCAAUAUCUGAAUCUCAUGGAUGAAUCUAGUCUUUAUUAGUAUGAGCAGCUCUUUUGUGUGAUCUACUGUAAAUAUGAGACAUGAUAGGAAACUGUAGCUUUAUACUCGCAUGUAGUUUUAUUCAGGAGCUAAGUUUUGGUUCAGUUUUAUUUAAUUUAUGUUUCUUUUGAAGUGCAAGGAAUGCCAAUUUCCUGAUUGCAUAUUAGUUCUGCAGUUACUUUGUUUGUAAAAAAUGUUUUUAUUUAUAUGUGUUAAAGCAAGAUUUUCUCUACCUUUUUCUACUCUUAGCUGCAUUUCUAUUUCAACACAGUAAAGAGUAACUUGUGGCCACUCAUGUUCAAAGUGGUGGGCUUAUCAACAUUUUUCUUUCUUUCUUUACUUCCAGUUCAAUAGUAAUAAAGGCAGGGAAGGCAACCUCUCAAGGGCUCCAUUUGGAGAGUGCUAAGACUGGUGCCUAGUUUGAAUUGCAUACAUUGUUUGAAAAAAAUUUAUUUGUGGUUAUUCCUUUUGCUCUGUAUAGCAUUAUCAUUUACAGACCCUUGGCUUUAGUUGUUUUGUGCAGUAGGCAUUACACCCCUUUCUUUUUGACUCUAGAUCCAUAUUGUUAACUUAAGACUAAAAACUUUAUUUUAAAUUAAAAAUGCCUCCCAUCCCUAUGAGCAAAUAUGUAAUUUGUCUGAUUUCAGCCUUCCAGGUGUUGAGUGGAUUGACAUCAGAGCUUUCAUUACACAUUUACGACUUCUCUGUUACCUUUACGUGUGUCUGUACAUACUUGACGGUAAAUUCUGUCUCCCCUUUUCUCUGGUCCGUUUAUGCGUUCACUGUCUUAAUGUUGAAAUUACACAUAUAUCAACUCAAAAUACACAUAGAAGCUGCCACCUGCUCCCAAACUGGUCAUGCAUGCUUUAUUUAAAUCCAGUGAAUUCCAUAGGGAAAUCAUCUCUUCAGAACCUCAGGCAUGUUUUUGUUACACUAAGUGUUUUUGUGUUUCCAAGCUCCUAGACCAAGUUAGGCUAUUCCAAGGAGGUUCCAUGGUUUGCGAAGGAACUAAUGAGGAAAAUGUUAUUCCAUGGCAGCUCUUCUACCUGACUAGGUUUGAAAUUCUUGUGAAGGAAGCCUGAGAGACAGUUGACAGUUACCUGGCUCUGCCAGUUAGGUUAUUUUGGAUAAUAAUGCAAGGUAAUAAUAGAAUUUGAGGCUGAGUUACGGCCUGCCAGAGGCUGUUAAUAUA